CUUCCUUCCAGUCCCCGCCUCCUGCCUAAGGAAUCCUCUCCUAACAACGACGACAAACGGGUUUUCUAGACCUUUUCCUCCAGACACUUUCAGUUCCUGACUUUCCUUCCCACAAACCCGCAGACCGCCGCUCACAGGGCCGCGGUCCCCACACAGAGCCACCUGGCCUCCCAGAGGCCCCGUGGGGCACUCCAAAGUAGUCUGCACCGCACUCCUUCAUUGCAGCCAGGGGCGCUCGGACCGACCCGGCGCCCCUUCUCUGGACCCCUCGUGUGGUCUCGUCAGCGCGCCCCAGAAGAAAGCCACGCCCUCUAAGGCUCCCGCGGGCCCGCGCAGGAGCCCCCUCCUCCUGGGCCAGGAUGCCGUUUGGCUACUCUGUGCGGAGCGUGCGCUCCGAGGAGGGCAGCGACGUCUUCCUGGAAGGACUGGUGGAAUGGGAGCUGAGCAGACUUCAGCGACAGAGCAAGGUGAUGGAGGGGGAAAGGCGGGCCUACAGCAAGGAAGUCCACCAGCUCAUCAAGAAGCAGCUCGAGGAGAUCCAACGCCUGGAAGAGACUCGGGCCAAACUUCAGGUCCAGAUUAACGUGGCCCAGACCCAGGUCAAGCGGCUGGGCGACAGCCAGCGGCUGGAGGACAUGGACCGCCUGCUAAAAUGCAGGGCUCAGGUGCUGGCGGAGUUGGAGGAACUGCAGGAGCAGACCAAGGCCGUGGACAAGCGGAUCCGAGAGUGGGAGGUCCUCCUCCUUACCCAGAGUAAGGAGGCCAUGGCCCCGGGAUUAAUCCUGGACUAUAAGGUCAAGAUGCGACGCAGAAUUAAGAUUCUCGAAGACCAGCUGGACAGGGUCACCUGUAGCUUUGACAUCCAGCUGACUCGAAAUGCAACCCUGCGUGAGGAGCUGGACCUGCUGCGUAUAGAGAGGGGCCGCUAUCUGAACAUGGACCGAAAGUUGAAGAAGGAGAUCCACCUCCUCCGGCAGAUGGUCAGUGCCCUCAUAGUCUCCUCCACCUCUGCCUACUCCGUCAGGGAGGAAGCCAAGACCAAGAUGGGCAUGCUGCGGGAGCGAGCGGAGAAGGAGGUGGCUCAGAACGAGACGGAGGCGCAGAUCCUGCGGCGGCAGAUCUCGCACCUGGAGCAGCUGCACCGUUUCCUUAAGCUCAAGAACAACGAGCGGCAGACGGACCCCGACAUUGUGCAGAAGCAGGAACAGCGUGCCCGGGAGGUGGCGGAGGGACUGCGGAAAACCUCUCAGGAGAAGCUAGUGCUGCGCUACGAGGACGCCCUGAAUAAAUUGUCGCAGCUGACGGGCGAGAGCGACCCCGACCUGCUGGUGGAGAAGUACCUGGAGACCGAGGAACGUAACUUCGCCGAGUUUAACUUCAUCAACGAGCAGAACUCGGAGCUGCAGCAUCUUCAGGAAGAGAUCAAGGAGUUGAAGGAGGCCCUGGUCUUGGAGAGAGCCAACGCAGAGAGCCGGCAGAAGCUGCAGGAGCAGCAGCACACAGCCCUACAGCAGCAUGUGGACAAGGUGCAGGCAGAAUCCCUGCAGCUGGAGAUGCACUUUAGGGACCUUCGGGGAAUGCUGGAGAAGCUCAAGGGUGACAUCCAGCUCCUCCUCAUCAAGGCAAACUGCGAUAGCAGCUCCAUCGACGACCGCCUGGGGGUGAAGAGCAUGCGCGAUCGAGAGCUGAUCAUCUACCUGGGUAUCAUCGAAAAGCGCCUGGUGGAUCUGCUUACUGUGCAGGCCUUCCUGGAGACCCAGAGCCACACAACCUUGGCUGAUGCCGCCCUCAUGGCACUGGGCCAGAGCCAAGAGGAUCCUCCAAAGAAGUCGGUGUCACUGCUGCCCCCUGACAAUGUGGAGGAGCUUCCGGGCUUUGUGGCCAAAGACGACUAUCCGAUGAGCAGAGAGGAGUUGCUUAGCCAAGUGGUGAAGGCGGUGGAGCUGCAGGAGCUGGCCCAGGAGCAGAGCCAGCUGGCCGAGGCCGAGAGGAUGGCGUCCAGCAUCCCCAGCCUGUCCUUCUCCAGCACCCGGGGCUCCAACCAAACCCCCGGCCUUGGGGGUGCCAGGAAGUCCGAUGUGAUCCCAGGGUCCAUCCUGAGCCACAGGGCCAGCAAAGCCCGCGGCACCAGCUCUGGCGGUCAUGUCACAUUCGGCAUUCCGGGGUCCCCCAAUACCAGCGGGACCCCCGGGUCCAGUGGGGGCCACGGUACCUUCAGAGCCGGCAGCUCCAGCAGCUACCUGGGCUCUACUGGAUACAUGGACUCCAGCAGAGGUCAAGGAGGCACCGGCACCGGGUCAGACCUGAGCGGAGGCUUCACUUCUGGCAAAGGCCAGGCCUGGAGCCCAGGGCAGUCCUCCAGCGUCCCGCCCAGCUCCUCUACCAGCAAAGACUCAGGCGAGGAUGAGUAGGGAGCCUGGCUCUUUGAGUCUUAGCCAGAGCCUGGGCUCUGGGACUGUGACCACCCCC